AUGAGCUCGUCGCUGCUCGUGCGCCUCGGGUUGCGGCAGAGCGGCCCCUGGGAGCCGCCCACGCUGCUCGACCGCCUGCUCGCCUCGCCCAUCCGCGCGGCCGCGCACUACCUCUACGCCUGGAUCGUCGGCGUGCGCGGCUGGGCCACGCGGCGGCACUUUCUGGACGCGGCCGAGGCCCGGGCCACGCCGACCAUCCGCGUCGUGUGCAUCUCGGACACGCACGACCAGAUUGUCCCGGACAUUCCGGACGGCGACCUGCUGAUCCACGCGGGCGACCUGACGGACCACGGCCGGCCGGCCGACCUCCAGGCGCAGCUGGACUGGCUGGCGUCGCUGCCGCACCCGCACAAGGUGGUGGUGUGCGGCAACCACGACAGCUGGUUUGACCCGGCCGCGCGGGUGGCCAAGGGCAUGGCGGCCGACGCGCCGGGGCCCCGGUUUGCCGACAACAUGCACUACCUGCAGCACGAGGCGCGCACGCUCCAGUUUGCCAACGGGCGGUCCCUCAAGGUGUACGGCGCGGCCGACAUCCCGCGGUGUGGGCCGGACUCAUUCAGCUACCAGUACGACCGCAGCACGCCGCCCUGGCAGGGGCUGAUUCCGUCCGACGUCGACAUUCUCAUCACCCAUCCGCCUCCGCGCCACCAUCUCGACCUGGGCCUCGGCUGUGCCGGCCUGCUGGCCGAAGUCUGGCGCGUGCGUCCGCCGCUGCACGUCUUUGGACACGUGCACUGGGGCGCAGGCCGCCAGCUCGUGUUCUGGGACGAGACGCAGCGGGCGUACGAGGUGCUGACCGAGGACGGCCGCGAGUUCGGGCAGCCGUUCCGGGAGGAAAGUCUGGGCAGCCGCCUGGGCUACCUCGGCCGGCUCGUGGCGGCGGCCACGAUGGCGACGGUGCUGCUGCCCGUAUGGCUGUUUGCGCCCGACAUCCUGGCGGCCGAGGGCCGGGGCGCGAGCUCGAUCCUCGUGAACGCGGGCCAAAUGUACGGCAACUCGGGCCGCCUGGGCAACAGCGUGCAGGCCCUCGGUGCCGCCCAGGACACGGCGGCCCGUCACCGCACACCGCCCCUCGCCGCUCUCCCACCGGUCCGCCUUGUCGGCCAUGAACGCCUCUUGCUUGUCGUGCUGGCCCGCCACCCACUUGUGGAUGCAGAUGUAGCAGUAGACGACGCCCGUCUGGCACACCGUCGGCGUCGUCAUGGCGUCACAGCAGAUGGGGCAGAGGGCCGAGUCGGCGGGCGCAGGGACCGUGUAGAUGGGGCGCAGCGACGGCUUGGCAAUCGGCGCGCGGCGUGCGAGGUCUUGUUCGGUGGGCACAGCGUCGGGGCCCGCCUCGUCGUGGGCAGCUGCCGUCGCUGCCGUCGCUGCCGUCGUCGGGGGGGUCGCCGUCUCGUCGGCGCGCCGCGUCGGCUCCUUCUUCAGAAUGCCCUUGCGGCCGAUGCUGCCCGUGUUGGAGGCACCACUGCUGCUGCUGCUGCUGGUCGCGCUGGUCCCCGCAGACACAGACUGGGCACCACCUCCACCGGCGGGCAGGCCGGCCGACACGGGCGGCGGCAGGUCCAGGCUGGCGGCCGCCUUGAGCGACAGCUGCUUGGCAAAGUCCGACGCGUGCCACCACUCCAAGAACUUGAGCGCGAAAAUGCUCGCGGGCAGCACCAUGGACAGGCCGCCCAGCAGGCGGCUCCCGACGGACCGCGGCGUCGACGACGUCGACUGCCGUUCGGCCAGGUCGUCGAUGGCCCGGUAGUCGGCGCCCGUCAUGCGCCGCACGCGCGUGCCGACGAGCCACAGCAGUGGGCUGGCGUAGCGCGAGCCGUCAAAGAGGUAGGCGAGGUGGAACGCCAGCACGGCAAAGCCGUAGGCGGCGUGCACGCUCGGGUAGACGUGGCGCAGGAACCAGCGGGCGGCGUGCUGCAGGCGGUCGCGCAGGGUCGGGCGGGCGGGCAGGCGCUGGUAGGCGGCGCCCAGGCGGGCGCGGGGCGCGUCGCGCUCGUAGGCGUCGUCGAGCUUGCGCUUGAGGUAGGGGACGCCGACCACGACGCCCAGGUUGCGCCAGAGGUCGCCGCUGCGGCGCAGCUGCAAAAACGUGCGCACGACGGCGGGCGUGCCGGCGGCGGCGCGCGGCACCUCGCUGCUGGCGGCGCGCAGGCCGCCCUCCAGCACCCGCUCGCGCUUGAGGCCGUAAAAGUGUUCGGUGAACGUGCCGCCCAUCGUCUGGAGAUAGUAGUGCUCGACGACGAGCAUGGCGAGCGCGUAGAGCUCGUCAAACGAGUUGAGCGCGCGCAGCAGGUAGCGCGGGUAGCGCUGCGUCGCAAUGGUCAGCAGAUACCGCAGGGUCGGCGGCAGCAGGCCGUGCAGCUGCUGUUCGGAGAGCAGCUCAAACAGCGACGGCUUCUGCUCGUCGACCAUGGCGGCGUUGGCGUCCAUGGCGGCGGCGCGGGUGUCGUGGUGCCGUCAAGGAUGGCGUAUGUGGCGAGUCUCGCGUCGGGUGUCGUGUCGUAUCUGUUGGAGUGA